AUGAGAUCUUUAGAAAAGGUUGUUGCCACUUCGUGCGCAUCGUAUACGUCGGGGAAGCCGCCGGGCCCGUGCAAGCUGCGUUCCCUGUCGAAGGACGAUAAGGUGGCGCUGCUGAGCAAGCAGAACGAACUCAGGGCGAGGGCGGCGCGCGGCGAGGACACUCAGCCCCAGGCGUCCGACAUGAUGCGCCUGUGUUGGGACAUGGAACUCGAGUGUGUGACUGUGCGUGCCUGUGUUGGUGAGGCGGUGGCAGCGCGGUGGGUCCUUCAGUGCAAGGAUUCUUACGACAAGUGUCGCGACAGCACCCGCUUCCCUGUGGGGCAGAACAUCGCAUGGAGAAGGCUGGAUAUGGAUAUUCCAAUGGAUCUGAUAACAAUGCUGCAGAGUUGGUACAACGAGAUUAUGGAUUUCUCUAAAGAUGGCAUCAAGUCCUACAAGUUCAAUCCGAGCACGGCUCACUACACGCAGGUGACGUUACGAGUAAUGGGCGUGUGGGGCGGGGCGUGCCUGCAGCUGGUGUGGGCGAAGACGACCCUGGUGGGCUGCGCCUUGGCGGAGAGGGGAAGUGCCCCGGGCAUUGAGUUCACCCUGAUAUGCAACUUCGGCCCUUCUGGGAAUGUGGCCGGGGAGCCCGUCUACCAGGAGGGGGAUGCGGCCUCUGCGUGCCCAAAGGGCUCCACGCCCGAUAAG